UGGGUACCCUCGCGCUUCUUCACAUCAUUUUCUCCAAAUCCCCUAGCGCCGUACACUUUGGACGCUGGUAGUUCAAAUUCCAGCAAUUCAAGCUUUAAUUGGCAUCCUCCGUACACAUCAUCGACUUAGAUAGACCAAUGGUAUCCUGUAUCAUUUAAUCAGGGUUUCGGGUAUGGGACAUAUCUUUACGUUCUUUCCCAACUCUCCUCCGACUUGUUGAGGUCGACCAUUGACCUUCUUCGAGUCCCGAGUAAAGGCGUCGCUUUGAGUUCUAUUGAUUCUCUAGUGGGUCGGUCAUAAGAUAAGCAUUCCGGGAUCCUUCGUUUGAGACCAAGUCAUUUCAUAUUCCAUAUCAUAACGAAACAUCCGCGAUUCCCGGUAUACAUAGAUAGCUUAAAACAUACGUACGUGGAAAGCGGACACCGCACCCGGCUGUCCAUAACGUCCGGCAACGUCGAGAACCGGUCAUAGUGGCGCAACGAUUGAAUAGUCAAGAUGGCAAGCGAUGCGCAACCCGUCCAGAGGAGUAGCAGGCAGAUCGUACUCAUAGACGACGAAGAAGAACGACGGGAGGGAGCAACGGAAACAAGUCCGCUGGUCGGCGCAAACACUAGGAAUAAUGCGACAGAAGACGACGGGGGCCGAAAGAGACAGGAGAGCUGGAUAGGUUAUGAAGACUUUAUCGGCCUCCCAUGGUAUCGGAGACCAUCGGUUUAUUGGCUUCUUGGGCCAUAUUUUUUAUUCACACUUGCAUUCGGUGGCGUCAUUGUACCGAAGGUGAACCUAAUUGUCGAUUUAAUAUGUCGCAACUAUUUUAGCGAGCGCCAAUUGAUUGACCCGGAUUUUAUAUUCUUGCCGGUCGUCCUGGGCGGCGACAAUCCGCAAUGCAAUGAUCCGCGGGUUCAGAAGAACGUUGCUACUUUCACGCUUGUGAUAAGCGCUCUCACAGGUGCCCUUAGCGCUCUUACAGCGCCGAAGCUGGGUUCGCUGUCUGACCGAUAUGGUCGAAAACGCCUUAUGGUGAUGGCGUCCUGUGGCGGUCUAGUAAACGAGGUCGUCACCAUCUUAGCUGCGAAAUUCCCUGAGACGGUUAGCUACCACUGGUUAAUCCUGGGCGCAUUCUUUGAUGGUAUCGCCGGUUCUUUCACAGCGGGCAGCAUAUUAGGCCAUUCGUAUACGAGCGACUGCGCUCCACCUUCAAAACGCGGAGUGUAUAUCGGCUAUCUCCACGCAUGUCUAUUCACCGGUUUGGCAUUCGGUCCUCUCAUUGCUGGCUACUUCGUCGAAUGGACUGGCUCAUUGGUGUCAAUAUUUUACGUUGUCCUUGGCUGCCACACCUUCGUCAUCUUAUUCUUCUGGUUCUUUAUGCCUGAGUCGAUAUCUAAAAAACGGCAGAUGGCCGCAAGGGAGAAGCAUCGAGCCCAGAGCGAAGCGACAGCUAUGCAGCUAAGAUCAGGAAUUCCGAGUUCAGUAGGAAAUUUCGUUGGGCCCCGAGUUGCUUCGUACCUAGAUGACCACAUGGGAACUUGGCUACCGGCGGUUCUAAGCGCUAACCCAUUCGCACCCCUUAAGAUGCUUGUUCCGAGUGGGCGAGACAAUGGCGGCUUACGGCGGAAUCUCGUUCUCCUCGCUCUUAUCGACACAGUGACUUUAUCCUCCGCAAUGGGCGCGAAUAUUGUCAUCGUGCUCUACUCCGAGUAUAUGUUUAAUUGGGGAACCUUGCAAGCUUCACAAUUUGUAUCGGCUGUGAGCUUGGUACGCGUUGUGAUCCUUCUCUGCAUCUUUCCGAUUAUCAACUACGUAUUCCGUGUCCUACCAUUACGUCGCCGAAGACGCGAGAGCGGGGACGCGAGCGUAGUUGAGACGAACUCUGGCGCCGACAACCUAGACGUCUGGAUUAUAAGAAUUGCUCUUUUCAGUGAUGCCAUAGGCACUUUUGGCUACAUUUUUGUCCGCCGAGAGGAACUAUUCAUACUGUGCGGUCUAGCGACGGCGUUUGGUGGCCUAGCAAGUGCUACCAUCCAAAGCUCGAUCACGAAGCACGUCCCAGCCGAGCGUGUAGGCUCCUUAUUAGGAGCAAUCGGGUUACUGCACGCGCUCGGGCGGGUCUUUGCUCCUGCGCUUUUCAAUGGCUUAUACGCUGGGACAGUUGAGACAUUCCCACAAGCAUUCUUCGUCCUAUUGGCGUCUCUUUUCGGGUUGGUGGUCUUUGCGAGUUUCUUCGUGAGACCUCAUUUAUACCUGAAAGAAGACUACGUUGCAGUCCCGUCACAAGCUUCAAGUGACGCUCCAGCUCCAGAUACCACAUCCGAUGAAGAAGUUUUGGGCAUAUAAAGAAAUAUUAAGAGGUUGGAAUGCGAUAUGAGUCAGUCAUUCUUGACACCUUGCUUUAUGCAAUCUUUUCUUUUCAAACGUAUAGAAUUUAAAUCGUAUAUAUGUACCAUUUUGCUAAAUUUUUGGUAAACUGGUGUGGGCGGCG